UUCGCUCGCUCCGCCGCGCCAACGCGCUAGCGUGUGAUACCUCGUGCCAAAAUGUUACAAACAAUUUCGCACAACCAAAACACUCAGUGACAUCGUUUAAUACUGUUCUUUUAACGAAAACAGUCUUUCAAAGUGCUCUGUGGGAUUAAAGUGUCUGUGUUUCAACUUAUUCUUUUAACGACUGCACAAUGCGAAAGUUUUUCAUUAAAUUAGUCAGUGUGCACGAAAUAUUGACGGGAAAAUGUUGAAGGGAUAUUUUGUUUUCGUGUUCGUAUUCCAGUGCUUUUCAGCCGGCUUCAGCUCAAGCCUCCUGUGCGGAGGCACGAAUGAGCUGAGCCUCGGCAACGGGGCCGGCGCGGGCGCCGCCAUUGCGCUGGCGCUGGUGCGGCCGCCGGCGGCGCGCGGGCCCUGCUCGCUGCGGCUGCUCGCGCCCGACGCGGCUGCGUUCACUGCGAGACUUAUUGAUGUUAAGGAGAACCUGUCAGAAUGGGAGCGCGGCGCCCUAGAAGUGUCAUCGCCCGCGCUGGUAGCGGGCGUGGCGCAGCAGGGCCGCAAGUGGGGCGCGCGCGGCGCCACCGCGCAGCACACGCGCGACGACCAGGCGCCGCCGAGGGCCAACGCCACUCAGGCGUGCAAGUUGCUUGUGUACAUAGGCGACGCCAUAAAGCCUAUAUGGCGCAUGAAUCUCUGCGGCGGGAACGCAGCGGCGGUGGCCGCGCGCGCCGGCACCAAGCUGCUGCCACCGAAGAUCAAGAUUGUGUGGAACCCGCCUACGUCGCCUUAUCAGCACACCGAGAAGUUGAGGCUUGUGGUCACUGCAGUCAAUAGUGGCUCCGUAUGCAACAACGAAUCUCAAUUCAUCUGCGGUAUGACUAGCCUCUGCAUAUCUUCCUACCUCGUCUGCGACGGCGUCCGUCAUUGCCCUGGAGGCGAGGACGAGGAUACCUCAGCAUGCAUGCAUAGGAGGGACCCACCUUUACUUGAACUGCUGAGGAGAUUCGCUGCCAGGAACCAGGAGUUGUUAGGCUUGGAUCAGAACGAUGGGAUGACGAAGCCUUCUGUCAUAAUGAAGAUCACCGAGAGCGAGCAGAAGUCGAACGCGUUCCUCGAGUUCGCGGCCGCGCUGAAGCCCUACGGCCCGUGGAGCUAUCUCGUGGUCGGCAUGCUGGUCUGCGCCACUAUCCUCAUGUUCUGUCUCGCGUGGGAAUGCUGUUGCAAGCGCUCCAAGCCCUCCGACACACCAAUCAACAUCCCAGCCUCCUGCAUAGAUCUGUCCCCAACAGUCACCGUCACAGCAACCUCCCAACACCUCUUCUCCCCAACCCCAACUUCCCCUCCCGAGUACGAACCUCCCCCGUCUUACUCCUCCCUGUUUCCUAGAGCGUAUAAGUGCGAAGACCCCGUACCACAGUGCUCGACGCAGCCGGAUUAGGUUUUCAAAUUAGGUACGAGAUUUUAAGGUUUUUUAGAGGUUUUGGAAUGACAUUUAAGAAUUUGUCAUGUGACAUUACAAUGCGAUGAUUAUGUCCCGACUAUUGUGAGAUUUGUUUACACUUUUGCACCUGGGCAAGGUAAAGAGCCUUGCUGAAAAUGUAAACAUACAUAGAUAGUUUAGAAAACUUUGCUCGCUAAGGUGGCCAUGUGAAGCGUUAUAACUGGAAGCGUGUGGAAAGUAAAGGUGACAGCCGGGUAACAACUGCAGCUGCAUUAUUGUCCUUCCUGAAACGUUGUCGCAGGCGCUGUCAAUUUUAACUCGCGACAGUAUUGCCCCAGCAUUUAUUCUGCUGCAGUUGCGAUUCGAAUAUCACCUUUAGGUACCGAUGAUAUUUUACUUGAAUACUAUAGUUUCCAAAGGACCUAAUUUUCUUUGAAAACUUAGUCAAACCAGCCUUCUAAGGAAUCUAGAAAUCUCGAUUGAAUCGGAAAUGUUAUGUGAUUUUGUGUUUGAUAUUGUCCUACGCUAGGGUCUGAUUUUAAGAUAGGCUUCGAUGCCACGCAUGUAGUGUAGGUAUGUAUAUAGGGUCACGAAAAUAAUCAGAGUUCCGCGAGAAACGUAUAUCGAAAUUUCGUUGUCUGACUACCGCUCUCACAUUUUCGAACGAUAACGAAAUUUCGAUUUUGGUAUUUUCCUGUUAUGAAACGAAAUUGUGCUCAAUAUAAGUAUUUCGCCGUUACAUGGCAAUAUUGAAAGUAAUUUUAGAGACUGUAAAGAUAAUAUUAUAACUAGGUAAAUAAAAUAAACCAUUGAUACCUAGGUACAUAUUGUAAUACUGACCGAUUUUACUCUCAUGUGCAAAAAUUGACAGUUUAACGCAAUAGUAAACUCUCAAAUGUUCAAGUUGCGGAAACUUUGAAAAAAUUCCUGCUAUUUCAGGAAUGUUUCACAAUUUUUGGAUACUUUCUGACUGAAUAUCAGUCGUACCAUCGCCCACACUGUUAACUGUACAUGGGUGGACCUUAUAUCUUUUGUAAUAAGGUCCACCGAUGUACAGUUAGGAGUGUUGCUGUUUGUACUCAUGAAUGAGUUUUUCAGUUUUUUUUUUUUAAUUACUGAUGCUACAUGCGUGAUAAUUGUAUAUAAUUAGUUAAGUAUAAAGUACAAUAUCUAAACAUCUAUUCUGGGACCAAAACUGUGUUUAUAUCUAUUUCUUUGUACAUCAAAAUCUAUUCUGGUGUAUAAAAAAUAAUCGUAAAGGCGGGCACAUAAUUCGGUUUCAAAUUUAAAAUAUACCAAACGCUUUUAUGUUAUUUUUGAACACAUUGGACAUUGCAUUUUAGCAACUGGCUGGUUGAAAACAGUUUUUGCUUUUAAAUGUGAUCCGAUUGUAAAUAGGUGUUGAUAUACAACAUUAUGAUCACCUAAUAAGAUGUAUUAUAUUAUUUAUAUUACUAUAAAAACUUGAUACUACUAGCGCCAUCCAGUGUCGAGUAGCAACAACAAAAUUAAUAUUGCUAUUUGCUAUUGGCAGUGGCGCUACUGUCGCGCGUAUCAACGAAAUAUUACAAUGGAGCUACAUUAGUUCUCGUUUUCGCCACCAGCGCUCAUAAGUUUGUCAUGUCUGUUUAUUUCUUAUUUGGUGAUCAUCUAACAGGUAUAACUACGUAGGUAUAGAACUAAAUGUCUGAUUGUUUGUGCCUUGAAUACCUUUGUAAUUACGUGUGUACAUUUAGUUGUAAUGCUUAACGAUUGAAAACAGGUAUACGACUAAUAAAAUAUUGUACAAGUUGACUAGACCUAAUGUUGUGUAAGGGUGGUAUUGCACCUGUCCAAUUUAUUUGUCCAAUGCCAGUGCGUUUCACACUCUCAUUAAAGCAAAAUGUGAGACGCAACGCAAUACACUGGACGAAGAAAUUGGAUAAGGUGGAAUAUCACCCUAAGUCGACUGAAGAAAUAUCGAAUGAAUGACUAUUUGUAUUAUACACCUUUGUUACUUUUAUUCUAUUGAGCUAGCGUGAUUGUCUUUUAUAUCAGAAAUAAACACAGUCAUGAUAGCUAAACUCUAUUUUAUAUCCCAGAGCUAAAAUAACAUUUUAAUUGGCAAUCAAAGUCUUAAGUCAAAAUCAAAAGCAUUGCGCGCAUUUAUGCUAGAUUAAUGCUAGAAAAUCACAGAUCGGUGUAAAAUCACAAAUUGGGGUAUAUCUGAUCAUCUGACGGGGUGAAAAGAAAUGAUUGACUUUAAAUCAGGGGCGAAUGGGAUUACUUUACAAAAAAACUUUGAAUAGUUACGCUCCCUAAUAAAGUAACAAUGAAGCGUAAAAAGUGAUACAUGCCUUUGCAUAAAUUAAAUUAAAGUUUUUGACAAUGCUCAAUUAUACUGAAGUUGGUAAUUCAUAUUUACCAAAAUCAGAGUUCAAUAUAGGUAUGAGAAAAAAAUCUGUUAAUGUUUUUUUCAUACGCCGAAUUACCUCAUCUUAACUUAAAAGGAAUAUUCAAAGGAUUCCUUGUCGAAAAUAACAUAGACUAACGAAACGACACACGGAUAGACAUCAUAAUUUGUAUAGCAUUAUAACUACCUAGUAUUGUAAGAUAACUGGUAUUAGGUAAAAGGAACUCUCAAAAUGCCCUUAAGUGCAUCAGCUACCUUUGAUUUUCCUUUUAUCCCUUUGACCGCCACAGACGUAAACUGACGCGCGCGAUACGGCACGAAAUAUCGUGCAUUCCGCCAAAGGUUCAUGAUUACGCACCGUUUAUGUAACGGCGUUCAAAGGAUGUCGAUAUAAAGUUAUUAGGCAUCAUUUGUGCCCAUAUUAUUAAGUACCUAUGUAAGUAGUUGGAAAAACUAUACCUGGCACAUAAUACAAGAUCUGAUUUAAUCUUUGACUAGUCUUCAUUAUAGAAAUAUUUUCGUUUAUAGUAUUUUAUUUGAAACGUUAGGUAAAUAAUUCAUGUCAAUGGUACGGUCAAAAUAUGAAACUUGAAUUUGAAUCUUGUUACUUUUGGAAACUUAUUAAUAUUGUAAGUAGGUGUAAAUUUGCCAGCAUACAUUAAUAUAUUAAUGUUCAAAAUACAAGAAUACUUACGUCACAAAAAUACCUAUACCUACUGAGUAGGUUUAGCAAGAGGGUAUCGUCUAGGGUCGUCCCAUUCGUUUUUCGUCAAGUUCUUAUAUUAGUCCUAUUCUGCUUUCGUCACCCAUUCUACAUUCGCCACAAUCGUGGGUGGCUUUCAAUGUAGAAUGAGUGACGAAAGCUGAAUAGGACUAAUUUAAGAACAUGACGAAAAACGAAUGGGACGACCCAAACCGAUACCAGCAAGAGAGACCACCCGUUUUAUUUAAGUGUAUGAAUUAUAAAGAGACGAAUAGUCUAUCUCGGGCGCUAGAUAUUGUCGCGGCGUACUCGUGCUAAGCCUAUUGAUUAUCUAAUUUAUUCAUCCAAUUUGUGUAAUAUUUAAUCUCAUUUUGGGGCUAAUACAUGUACCUUCAUUGUAUUCUUUAGAAUUUUGACAUUUAUUAAUGUCUUAUUCCCAAAAAAGACGAACAACGGUAGCUAAUUACAUAUAUGAAAAAGCAAUUAUUAUACCUAACUUUCUACUUAAGUUCUUAUGCUGACUGUAUUAAAGACAUUAAAUAAUGUAAACCGGGUUCAUGUCAAUUGGGGUAAAAGAUAAUAAAGGGACCUAAAACCUAUUCACCCCACUGUUGUAUUCAAUUCACCCUAGUUGACACAUCCGUUUCAUAAGUUUCAUAUUAAGAAAUUAAAUUAUAUGGUGACAUGUAACUUCGAAUAUAAAAAAGUGAUAAUUAGUUAAGUAACUAUGUAUUAUAGAAAAAUAAACGAUUAAUACAAGAUAUUUAUAUUUUAAAAAUAA